CCUCUGGCCUUUUGUUCUGCUCUAGACGAGGGCAAGAAAACCCUAUUUUUUCCCGUCUCCGAUUCCUUUUCACUCAAUCGACGCCAUGGCCAAGAGCUCCUUCAAGUUGGAACACCCCCUCGGCCUUUUCCAGCAUUGAUGGUCGUUGUGGGGGAGAGAUGGCGAGGAUGGUUUGGCAGAUUUCAAUCGCCGCAUCUGGUGAUGGUUUUGUGUUUCGCCAAAUUUUUGAAAGGAGACAGGCAGAAGCUGCCCGUAUCAGGGAGAAAUACCCAGAUAGAAUUCCGGUUAUUGUGGAGAAGGCUGAAAGAAGCGAUAUCCCUGAUAUUGACAAGAAGAAAUAUCUGGUUCCUGCUGAUUUGACUGUUGGACAGUUUGUCUAUGUUGUCCGGAAGAGGAUAAAGCUUGGCGCUGAGAAGGCUAUAUUUAUCUUUGUUAAGAACAUUUUGCCGCCCACUGCUGCCAUGAUGUCGGCAAUUUAUGACGAAAACAAAGAUGAAGAUGGGUUCCUUUACAUGACUUACAGUGGGGAGAACACAUUUGGCUCAGUCUGACUGCAGUCAAGGAAAUUAUGUAAAUAAGACUUCAUGGAAGCAUAUGCUGAAAUAUGUAAAUUCGUAAUCAUCUACUACCUCGUAUUAUGGUUUCUUUCUAUAUUGCACCUUUGCGACAAUUACCCCUUCCUAAUUUGAAUUGUUGAGCAAUCAUGAUUUCAAGUGGUGAAUGUUUAUAUAGGUGUUUUCUUUC